AUGCCUUGCUCUGGCAACACGACAGAGAUAUGCGGUGAUGGCAAUGCACUGAGCGUCCGCGUGAAUGGAAAAUCACCGCUGCUGACAGCAGUAGCCAACCCCAACAACACAACCGGUUCAUUCAACGCAAAGGUAGAUUUGAACCAGAAAUUUUCAUCUUGGAAGACAUGGAAGGCACGCGGCACCAAUCUUGGUAAUUGGCUGGUCUUGGAACGCUGGAUGGACCCCACUUGGUUUGAUCAAGCAAGUGGCAAUGUCGGUGCUGUGGAUGAAUGGACAUUUUGUCAAGCACUUGGUACGGCUGGCUGCACCUCGCAACUUCAGCAACACUGGGCAUCUUGGGUGACACAGUCAGAUAUCUCACAAUUGGCAAGCGCUGGUCUCAAUACACUGCGUAUACCCGUUGGCUUUUGGGCAUUCAUCGACCCCAUUGCUGGAGAACCCUACGUGCGCUCCACACAAUUGCAAGAAUUAUCGCGCGUGUUGGGUUAUGCGCGCGCUAGUGGUAUGACCGUGACGCUCGACUUGCAUGGCUUGCCAGGAUCUCAGAACGGAGCUGAUCAUUCUGGUCAUAUCGGAGAGAUUGCUUGGUACACGUCUGCCAAUCAGCAGCGCUCUCUACAAACUGUACAAGCCGCUGCGACAUGGCUUGCUGGCAGCGGUUUUGCUGGUACGGUCACUGCCUUUGAGGUUGCCAAUGAGCCAGCAAUUGCAAAUUGGGAUCAAUGGCUUAUGUACAAGGAUUUCGUCCUUGCAUCCCAUGCCAUCUUGCAAAAGACCGUUCCAGGAGUCGCCACCAUGUUUCACGAUGGCUUCUGGGCACUCGAACCCUGGAACCAGUUCUUCACAGCUGCAGACAACGUCGUUCUGGACACACACCGAUACUUUGCAUUUGCACAAACAACCUUGGAGCAAGCUGUGAGCGAUGUUUGUGCGUACGUUGCUGAUUUCCAAAAAAUGAAUAUGCCAGUCUUUGUGGGUGAAUUUUCACUCUCCAUCCAGACAACUGCCGCGGACUCUGCUGCAGCGGCGCAGAAUGCACUUGCGUUCUUUGAGACACAGAUGCAAGCGUGGACACAAGCAGCUGGGGGUGCCAUGUGGUCGCUCAAGGCGAUGAAUGCCGAUGGGAGCCAGAAUCUUGGAUGGUCGACGUCUGGCCUCAUUCAGUCUGGUUUGUUUGGUGGGUUGAGUGUCUGGGACUUGGCAGGAGCACAGUGUGCUGCUCCUGCUGCAUAG